AUGCUGUCUUUGGUCGCCUACAACAAGAGACCGCGUUUGAGCUUGAACACACUUUCUUCUAAAUACCAAAAGCGAGAAAACAUCGUCACUACACGAAUUGCAGCUGUUCUCACCAUGCUACAAAUGUAUGAGCAUAUAUAUGCUUUAUGGGAGUGGUAUAGUUGUAGUAAGGAAUAUGAGCCAGCAAUGGAUAAAUGA